CACUGCCUUAGAUGAACAUUGCAUUAUGAACUGAAAUGUUAAUUGAUAUGUCCCCCAGAGAAACCCUGGCCUCCACCACACACUCCAUAAGAGGUGGCAUCUAGACCCACCUAGAGCAUGUGCAGAAGGACUGUGGGCAAGAACCUCUACCGUACUUCUCAUACAUCAGCUGGGUUCAUCUCAGUCUGAGAAUGAACAAACAGAAGAAGGCAGUGUACGUUGAGCAGACCACAAUCCUUGACCAGUUUGGCUCUGAUAUCGUUGCUGAAAUUCAGAAGCUCUUUGGGAAGAAAUUCUCGUACACCAAGCCACCCAACAAAGAAUGGCAGUUGCCGGAUCCCAAUCAAACUUUUAGCUGCAAUCACAAAGAGUUCAGUUCUCUUGUGGCCUUGAAGGAUUCCCUGAAUGAAGUCAAGAACUGGCUGAGCGAUAAGAAAUUGGAUGAGUGGCAUCAGCACACAUCCUCCACCAACAAAGCAGGGAAGAUCAUUGCCUACGUCAAGCAAUUUCUAAAUGCCGAGUUGUGUACCCAGGCUUGGUGCAAAUUCCAUGAGAUUUUAUGCAGCUUCCCUCUGCUCCCGAGUGAUGCUCUUCAAAAUGGGGAACUCAACUCCGUUCAUCUCUGUGAAGCUCCUGGUGCCUUCAUAGCCAGCCUCAACCAUUACUUAAAGUCUCACCGCAUCCCCUGCGACUGGAAUUGGGUAGCUAAUAGCUUGAACCCGUAUCAUGAAGCAAACAAUACCCUUAUGAUGAUAAUGGAUGACAGGCUUAUUGCAAAUACUCUACCCUGGUGGUACUUUGGCCCUGAGGACACUGGGGAUGUCAUGACGCUCAAACAUCUCACAGGACUGCAGCAGUUCAUCAGCAACAUGGACACCGUUCAUCUGGUCACUUCUGAUGGGAGCUUUGAUUGCCAAGGAAAUCCAGGCGAACAAGAAGCCCUGGUUUCCUCUUUACAUUAUUGUGAAGCUGUCACUGCUUUAAUGACCCUUGGCUUAGGGGGAUCCUUUGUUCUGAAGAUGUUCACUUUGUUUGAACAUUGUUCCGUUAACUUGCUGUUUCUGCUGAACUGCUCUUUUGAGGAGGUUCAUGUUUUUAAACCAGCCACCAGUAAAGCUGGGAACUCUGAGGUUUACGUGGUUUGCCUUCGCUAUUUGGGAAGAGAGGCCAUUCACUCCCUCUUGUCCAAGAUGAUGCAGAACUUUGGGACAGAAAUGGUCGAGAAGGCCCUCUUUCCCCAACACUCCAUUCCGGAAUCUUUCCUUAAAGUCCACGAAGAAUGCUGUUCAUUCUUCCACAGGCACCAAACAGAGACCAUUUCUGAGAACCUCCGACUCUUCGAACACAUGGGCGAGGCGGAGCAGGCGAGGCUGGAUGCUUUACGGGAGUGUGCUGUCGGGUUUUUUUUGCAGCGGUUCCAAAUGAAACCUAUCGCCAGAAAUAACUGGCUAGUGAAGAGGCCCCGGGCAGGUUGCAGCAUGAACUCCAAAUGGUGUGGGCAGAGGAGCAAAUACUUUUGCACAUACAAUGAAAGAAAGAUUCUGGAAUCCCUGACGUGGGAGGAUAAAGUGGCAAAGGGCUGUCUUAAUCAGUGGGCCGAAGAACAUUCCUUUGGUAAUAUUGGGGAAAACUGCAUCUUGGAAGGGGAGUCUUGUAGCCUGGAAUGUCACUUAUGGUAUAUCUUGGAGGGGCGGAAGUUGCCAAGGGUCAAAUGUUCUCCCUUCUGUGAUGGUGAGGCCUUGAAGAACCUCAAUGAAGCUCUUGAGAAAUCUUUAGUUGGCCGGGCACACAUGGGUGCCCUCACGAGACUGACAUGGCAAGAGUGCCAAUCUUGCAGUGUUCUUACAGAGUCGCUGGUACUGUCUGAAUUGUCCAACCUUAUGGAAUAUCAUAAAGAGGUUCCAAACGAACAUUGCGUUGACACACCAAAGUGCUUGGUUGUAGGCUUUUCAUCGCUUUGUGAUGCUGAAAGCCAAUCUGGCUUGGAAGUUAAGAUCUUGGAGGCUUCGUCGCUCUCGACUUUCAGCUGCUCUUUGCUUCACGACGGGGAACCAAAAUAUCAGCAGCAGCUUCUUGAAUGCCUUUUGCGUUCGUUUCCGGCACUUCAGAAAGGAGACGCUUUGGUUCUGCCUGUUCUUUCCUGCUUCACGCGCUUCACGGCUGGCUUAGUCUUCAUAUUGCACAGCUGUUUCCAGCGCAUCUCGUUUGCUUGCCCCACAUCAUCUUGUGUGUUAGGGGCCAGCACUGUACUGCUAUGCGCGGGCUAUCAAGGUCUCCCAGAUCCAGUUUUGCAGUACCUACAACAGCUGAACAAGCUUAUGAGCACACUGCUUGACUCAGACUCUCCACAGCAAGUCUUGCAGUUUGUGCCUAUGGAGAACCUUCUGAAAGGGCUGCUACUGGAGUUUCUGUGGGACCUAAACACUGCCAUUGCAAAGAGACAGUUGCAUUUGAUUAUCCAAAUUGAGCAGCAGCAAAAGACAUGACUUUUUGUUUAGGUUGCCACUGCCCUUUUCACUUAGCUGGUGAAAAGUUUUCUUCCUUUUUAAACCAGAGGGAACCCUUUUUUAAUAUAUUAUUGAGCUUCCUCUGCUGUCCCUUAUACUUUACUAUCCUGCUGGCUUCAGCCUCUGUUGAGAUGCAACUUGUGGGUCAGAUCCUUGCCAGGAUUUGCAGAAAUCGGGAACCUUUUCAAAAGGGCUGUUUGAAGCUCCUCCUGUAAGCAAGUGGCGCCACAUGCUCACCCGCUGAAGGGAGAAGAGCAAAGGGCUUUAAUCCCUGCUCAUCAGCUGGUGAGCAGGGAUUAAAUCCUGCUGCCUUGGCUGCACGAUCUUGUUCCCUGCUGUAACCGCAGUGCGCUGCCGGUGAAGGAUUAAACUCUGUCCACUGAUAGGCAGGUGGGUGUGGUUUGGAGAAAAUGUCCAUUGGACCCAAAUUGGACCCCCCAGUGAUCAAAGAUUGGCCCACAGGCCAGUAGUUCCAAAACCCCUGCCCCACCAAAACAAACAGGAGCUGUGUGACAAUGCUUUGUUUUUAUGACAUCCCUGUCUAGUGAAUUGUGUUCCUAAAGGGACUGUGGUCCAUCGGGUUGUAACCAAUGCCGCCACUGUGUGAGCAGAGCAGUCUUCCACUUGUACAACAGGAUUUCCCUUCCUCUUCUCCCCCCUGCCCCCAAAAUCUGCUCCAGUGGGUUGGGAGAUCUUCCAGAGCACUGUUCUUCAACCUUGGCUCCCCAGAUAUUCUUGGACUACAACUCCCAUCAUCCCCAGCCAGCUUAGCCAUUGGACAAGGAGUCAAGGGAGUUGUAGUGCAACAACAUCUGGGGACCCAAAGUGGAAGAAUAAUAAUCCAGAGCAGAUUUGGUGGGUGUGCUUGUGGAAGAAUUGGGGCUACAUGGAGAAGGAGAGGAAGGGGACCUCUGUGUGUGUGCAGCACUGGCUACAACCCAUGGUCUUGGAUUAAUGUCAUUGCCAAACAGGUGCAAAAUGGCACUGGGAAAGCUACAGUUUGCAGGGGGAAACUGGUGGAUGUGGAAGGAAGGGUUUAAGUCUUCCACCUAUAAUCCUCCUUCCUGCAUCCCCUUCUUCCAGCCAAUCCUUCCACCCCAAACAGAGGAUCCCGGGCACAGAUCUUCCACAUAACACAGAGAAAGUGGCUGGAGCAGACGGGGUUGCAGGGGGAAAGCUGAGUGGAGAAGACAUGUAAUUUCACCACUGUAAAAUGCCUCCUCCUACCGUUUUUAAGUUUUUUUUUAAAAAAAAAAACAGUGACAAAUUUAUGCUUCCAAACAUCUGUUUGUGGUAAGUAACCGUGAUUUUGUCGCUGCUGUGUCGUCACAGUUUUGAGCUUCUAUCUCCUUAACCCCCAUUUUACUUUUUCAGAUAUCAGUUCUCAUUCCUUUUCACAAAUAAACACAAUGCAAUACAUUUUGAGGAAACUGGGUAUUAUCAGAAGUUGUUAAGCUGGAUUUUUUUUAAAAUCCAAACAUUCUUGCCUAGUUUUUUAAAAUUUAUUUUCCUCCUUAAAUUAAGCUCUCAAAAGGUUGCUUGUUACUGUUUUGGAACAAAUGACUUGGGGGUUGGAGCCUCAUAUUGAUACUUUGACUUGGCUGCACUUAUUUCUGCCUUCACCUUUAUAAAUGAUGAGCGUGAAAA